AUGCAGCAUGGUUCCUAUCACGGUUGCUGUGUUGGCUCUAGUCUGAUCGUUGAUUUUGGCCGUUUCGAAGUCUGGACCCUAAGAACGUACAAUAACCGGCCACUGACGGCUGAGAACCAUCGACCACCUACAGCAAGUAAGGUCCCACAUACUAAGUCUUGUUGGAGACGAACGCUUCACCUGAAUCUUGUGGUCCGAUUAUCCCGACGCCAUAUACCAGACCGUAAAGAAAACAACUUAUUCGGAGACGAGCCAGAAGCUUCCUCCGCCGGGCACAUACACCAGACCAUUAUAUCGUUCGGCCGUCUGGCUUCCCUGUUUCAUGUUACACCGCCGCACCUCAGACUGAUGGUCAUCUAUUGCAUCCUCACUAGGAUUGUCUUUCCGUGGACCAAUCGGAGACUUGAUUUUAUCUAUUCCACCACGCUUUACGUGCUGCAUGCCAGACAAUCUGCUGGAUAUGAAUCUCAGUCUGAAUUUAUUAUUGGAACCGGUUUCAACGGAAUUCUUCAAGCGACCUGCAGACCCGCCACAAAUGACUUUCGGCCUGGCCUGCCAUUAAACGAUACAGCUUGGCAUGACAGCCAGCCAAUUCCGGUGGUUUUUAGAACCCUGAACGGCAAACUCCUUGGCUGGUACUUGAAUUUCAUCGGCGGAGUGCCUUGCGCAGAAAUUCUCAAAGACGUUUCGAGAGAAGUUUCGGAAGCAUUCACAGCCAAUGUUCACAAUAAUCCGAGCAACUGGCCGUCGUCUUCGAAUCCAAGGAUGCUUGAACAACGUAAGGGUUCAGGACAUCGAUCCCUCCGUUCUGACAUCAAAGAGAACGCGCAUUUAUUCUAA